UUGAAAUAAAAGCGCAUGAGCCUGAUCCAAACCCGCAGAAGAUUCCAUCUCCUCGGCCAUUAGGGUUUUAGGGCUUAUUCUGCUCAUAACAGAAGGGUUUUUGUCUCUCUCUCUCUCUAAGGACAGCCGCGCUUGAUUUCAGAGUCCGGUGGCAGUGGAAAGGAGAGAAUAAUUAUAAUUGCAAGAAAAAUCAAUGGGAAAGAAGAGAAAACAAAUUGAGGCUGAGGUGGUGGAACCUGAAGAGAUUCCAGAGAGACCCAAGAGGACGCUCUUGGGUUGGAAAGACAAGAGUCAAGUACCGGACGAAGAGACUGAUUCUAAAGUUUUCAGGAACAAAGAGAAGGUUCUUAUCACUUGCUCGCGCCGCAUUAACUACAGGUACCGUCAUUUGAUGUUGAAUAUGGUUUCUAUCUUGCCACACUGUAAGAAGGAUAACAAGGUUGAGUCGAAGGCUACUAAAGGCGCCACUAUGAAUGAGCUGGUUGAGCUACGGAGUUGCUCUUCUUGUCUGUUUUUUGAGUGCCGGAAACAUAAAGAUCUUUAUCUAUGGAUGGCAAAAUGUCCCAAUGGGCCAUCUGUCAAAUUUUUAGUUAAUGCCGUGUACACAAUGGAGGAAUUGAAGCUUACUGGAAAUCAUCUAAAAGGGUCUCGUCCUAUUUUGACUUUCUCAAACAAUUUUGAUAAAGAUGCACAUUGGAAACUUUUGAAGGAGAUGAUAAUACAGAUAUUUGGAACACCAAAGGAACACAGGAAAUCUAAGCCUUAUCAUGAUCAUGUGUUUGUUUUCUCCAUUGUUGAUGACCACAUAUGGUUCCGGAAUUACCAGAUAUCAGAUAAAGGGCCUAGAGAGGAUCGAGAGAAAAUGACCCUUAUUGAGGUUGGUCCACGAUUCUGCUUGAACCCUAUCAAGAUAUUUGGUGGCAGCUUUGGAGGCCCUACCCUGUAUGAGAAUCCGUUUUUCGUAUCACCAAAUCAGAUUCGCGCAUUGGAGAAAAGGAAAAAGGCUGGAAAGUUUGCAAAGAAAGUCAAAGCAAAGACAAGGAGGAAGAUGCACGAGUUAUCUAAUCCACUGGAGCCUGAUGAGUUUGCAGAUAUGUGGAAAAAGUAAUACUUUUGAAGGCCUUGACAUUUUUGGUAAUACCAAACAGAAUUUCCUUGCCAUCUUGUAUCCAGCUUAAAGUGGCAGAUUUUGGUUAACAGCUUGUGCCUUUCUUUUUGGAUUGCCCCUCAACUGAUAAGCUUAUGUAUUCAACUUGGGGCUUGUUUUUGCAUCAUCUAUAUUUUCUUGCUUCUGUUUGUUAGGAUCUCUUAUUUUUUCCUAUUUUGUGUCCCAAACCAAUAGAUGCAUGUAUCAUUGAUGUGUUAUCUUCCACAUCAUAUCAUUUUUGAAAGGUUUAAAAUCUCAUCUAUGCUUUCUUUCCA